AUGAGUCUGAGGGACUAUUUCUCAGAGGCUGCUCCGUACAAUGUACUCAGCGUUGCAUACAAUCCGGACGCCAAAUAUGCAUUCGUCAAUUUUACCUCGGAAGGUAGCCGCGCUGCUGCCAUCACUCAUGCGGCGACGAACAUGUUCGAAGGUCGACGUCUUGACUGCAGAAUUCGACAAGGUUCUAUGUCAAGAUCAACCAAAGUCCAUUAUGGGAUGAGCUAUCCUGGACGUGCAUCAUUCACAGUUUCUUCGCAGCAAAGUAACAGCGUUGAGCAACAGGCACAGGAGCUUCUCCAUUUUCCAGAGGUCUUGCAAGCCGAAUGGGGCAAAGACAAGUACUUUAUUCUCAAAAGCUUUUCCCUGGACGCUCUUUCGCGGAGCAUCGAGACUGGCCAAUGGUACAUUCCUAAGCGACACUGCACCCGGCUUAAUAUAGCCUUCAAGAGUGCUCGGAGAGUUUAUUUUGUCUUCUCCGUCAAUGGGUCUGGCACCUUUGCAGGCGUUGCACUCAUGAAAUCGGAAACCCUCCCGGAAACCAAGAAACUCACCCACCAGAACGACAUCCAUAGAUCCACAUCCACAGGGAGUGAAGGAUCAUUACAAUCCUCAAUGAUAUCCGAUCCGAGCUCACUGGAAGCUGGGAUGAGAAUUCCAACACUAGCAUCGGAUCGUUAUGCCCCCGGAACCAUAUGUUAUGAACCUGAAAGGCGCAGAAUAGUCUGGGAGGCCGUACAAGGCUCGGAUCAGGCCUCCGAAGAUGAUGACUCAAGCUUUAUCACAGACUCGCCCACCAAAACCUUCCCAAGUUCUCCGUGGGAAACUACAUUCGAAUCAAGAGAUAUCUUCGCUCAUAGGCCGAGAGAUAUGUCAUCAACAUCCCACAAAUCUCCUUUCAAGUCACCGUCAGUCAAAGCGUUGUGGGACCAUGAAAGCCAAAGUCCUGCAGCAGCAUCUAGUCAGAAGUUACAGUCCAAACUUGAGCAAUUCGGAAACCCUUGUCAAAUAGAAUGGCUAUCAACGACAGAAAUUCCAUUCGACGAGGUUAGAGGAAUCAAGAAUUCCUGGAACAGCAACAAAGAAGUUCAUGUUGCCAGGAACGUUACCGCAAUUGAAACACGAGCUGCUUCCUAUUUGCUGAAAUCUUGGGGCAUCAAUACUGAGGCUAGCUAG